AAAGAAUUAUACAUAAUUGAGGAUUUAUAAUGUAGUUUUAACCAAUACUUUCUGUUCUUUUCCUGCGUGAACAAAAACAAUGUUAUCAAGCGUCGCUCAGAAGCUAAUCGGUCGCCGUUUCUCACAUUAUCCAUCAUCUAGUUUAUGCAUACUCUCGAGAUAUUUCUCCAGCGACUCAGGAUCUAAUAACUCAGUGCUUCCUGAGACAACCAAGUUGACUCGGACGCCAGUUCUGGUGGAGGGAUGUGACUAUGAACACUGGUUCGUAGUUAUGGAGGCUCCCAAGGGAUACCCACUUCGAGAUGAGAUCGUUAACACCUACAUUAAAACCCUAGCAAUGGCUUUGGGAAGUGAAGAGGAUGCCAAGAAGUCUAUAUACUCUGUUUCCACCAAGUAUUAUUAUGCAUUUGGUUGCAAAGUACCAGAGGAUUUGGUUUUUAAGAUUAAAACUCUGCCUAAUGUGAAAUGGGUUUUACCAGAUUCUUAUUCGGGGGACCCUGGUGAUAAUAGCUAUGGAGGAGAACCGUUCAUUGAUGGGAAGGUUGGUCCGUAUGAUGACAAGUAUCACUCUGACUGGAUCCAGGCUCAAAAUGAUUAUAGAAGUAAAGGAACAACUCAUCCAAAAAAAGCAAGUCGAAAACAAAAGAAACAGUAGUAUUAUUGCGAGCAUGCUAUCGAAAACAAAAGAAACAGUAGUAUUAUUGCGAGCAUGCUAUUGAUCUUCAGCUUUGUCUUGUAUGAAUUUUCCAAAUUUGCCCAAUACUUCCCAUGUUUUAGGAGGAAUGAAAGAAACGAAGCAAAUGCACUAAAAUCAGAUGUUGGUUUGGACUAUCCUGUCAAUCGAGCCUCAGAUAUUUGUUUUACUCAUCCGCUGUAUGGUUUAGUGCUUUGGGGUGGAAUUCAUGGUCGAAAUGAAUCUUUACACUGCUGUUCAAAGCUUGGUAACAUUGGCUCAUAAUGCGAGUUUGAUAAACUACAACCAAAAGGACCACAUGGUUCAAUAACCAGCCAUUGGCCUAAUACUGGUGUGUGCUGAGAGUAAGAGAACAGAUGACUAGGCCGGCAUUGGUUUAUGCUACAAAUAUUCAAGAAUCCGGUAAGGUUGCUUGGCGUAUUUAUAUAUUUCAAAAUCGGAAAGGUGUUCAGUUGCUUUUGAUCUAAAGAGAAACCCUUAAGGUAAGGGUGCUCUGUGUUUUAUUUGUACGAUUGUAAGCAGAGAGAACUCAAACUUUUCUGGCUACUAUGAAUUAUUUGAUAGAUGAUCGAAAAAAAAUUUGUUAUUAA